GUCUUUAUACACACUGGCGCGUGGGAAGCGUCUAGAGGCAACCGCGGAAAGGCGGAAAAACUACAGUGCCCAUGAUGCACUGCGCCGCGAUGACGUGUAACACGCGCCGCUGUCGUUUAUUUUGCUGCCCUCCUGCUACCGGACUGACUUUCUCUUCACAUUAAAGCCUCACAAGUCGCUAAAAUCGCAUUUAACGGCACUGACAUAUUUAAUUUCACGUUUGGAUGAUGCUGCUCUCCUCUGUGCCGAAGCGGCUGCUGCUGACGCGGCGCUCGCGCAGUCUGUCUCCGUGCCGUGCGCUGCGCACGAGCCCCGGCGAGGCCUCCAGGUGCUGCACACGGGAGCUGGAAAUGACCCGGAGCCCCACGACCGCCACCGUCACCGUCACCCCUCAAGUACAGUACCACCAGCUGGCCAACAGGUGGCGCGUCAGCCUGGAGAACCGGAGGAGCUCAUGGGCGGCGCUGGCUUCAGUGGGGCGCACCAAUAAGUAUUGGGAGGAGGAGGAGGGAGGGGGCAGCAGGGCGAGAGGGAGGGCAGCAGCUACAGCGGGGGCGCUGUCCGCUGCAGCCGUGGCCUUAUGCCUAAAGAAGGACGACGACUCUAAAGGUGAAGCUCUUCUGAAUGCCGCCAGGUCCAACAACACUCAGGAGGUGCAGAGGUUGCUGGCAGCUGGAAUGGAUCCAAACUCUCGUCAUCGUCUGGGCUGGACGGUUCUUAUGGUGGCUUCCAUGAACAGACACCACAAUGUCGUGAAGGUCCUGUUGGAGUCUGGCGCUGAUCCAAACCUUGGAGAUGAGUUCAGCAGUGUUUAUGGAACUGCACGAGACAAAGGCAUCCACUCUCUGGAGGUGUUGGUUAGCAGGGAGGAUGAGUUCAGCAGUCGGCUUAGUAGUCGUGCGAGUUUCCGUGGCUGCACACCACUGCAUUACGCAGUUCUGGCUGAUGACCUCCGCACUGUCCGCAUGCUGCUGGAAGCAGGUGCCAACCCCUUGCAGACGAACGAGCUGGGACACACUCCGCUGGCCUACGCCAAAGAAGGGGAGAUGCACACAGUGCUGAAGGAGUGGGAGGGCGAGUUUGUGGAGAAGCAGCAGAAGCGGGAGGCGGAGGAGAGGAGGAGGUUUCCUCUGGAGCGCCGGCUGAAGGAGCACAUCAUCGGCCAGGAGGGGGCCAUCAACACCGUAGCAUCAGCCAUCAGGAGGAAAGAGAACGGAUGGUAUGAUGAAGAGCACCCCCUCGUCUUCCUCUUCCUCGGCUCUUCUGGAAUCGGUAAAACCGAGCUGGCCAAGCAGGUGGCCAGGUACAUGCACAAAGAUGUCAAGAAGGGUUUCAUAAGAAUGGACAUGUCGGAAUUUCAGGAGAAGCAUGAGGUGGCCAAGUUCAUUGGCUCCCCUCCAGGUUAUGUUGGUCAUGAGGAGGGUGGUCAGCUCACGAAGCAGCUGAAGCAGUGUCCGAACGCUGUGGUUCUGUUUGACGAGGUGGAUAAAGCCCACCCGGACGUCCUCACCAUCAUGCUGCAGCUGUUUGAUGAGGGUCGUCUGACGGACGGUAAGGGGAAGACCAUUGAGUGUAAGGACGCCAUCUUCAUUAUGACCUCCAACGUGGCCAGUGACGAUAUUGCCCAUCAUGCACUGCAGCUGAGACAGGAAGCUCAAGAGCAGAGCCGACGCCGGCUGGCAGAAAAUCUGGAUGAUGUUCAGCAGAGUGAGAAAAUCACCAUCUCCAAACAGUUUAAAGAAGAAGUGAUUCGGCCCAUUCUGAAGGCCCAUUUCAGGCGGGACGAGUUUCUGGGACGGAUAAACGAGAUUGUUUACUUCCUGCCUUUCUGCCAUUCUGAGCUCAUUCAGCUGGUCAGCAAAGAGCUCAGCUACUGGGCCAAAAAGGCGAAGCAGAGGCACAACAUCACCCUGCUGUGGGAGAGGCCGGUGCUGGAGCUUCUGGCUCGAGGCUACAACAUCCACUACGGAGCGCGCUCCAUCAAACACGAGGUGGAGCGCCGGGUGGUGAACCAGUUAGCGGCUGCCUACGAACAGGAGCUCCUCCCUAAAGGCUGCACCCUCCGCCUGACUGUAGAUGGAGAGACGGAAGAGGAGAAGGAGGGAGGCGCAGCCCCUUCUCUCCGCUUGGAACUGGUGGGUGAAGACAGCAAGUCCCGAAAACUGGACAUCCGUCCACCACUCAACCCAGAGGAAGUGGCCUUCGCCCACUGAAUACCCGUUUAGGGUGUUGUAGUUUGUGGUUGGGGUGAUGGCUUGAUGGGACUGGCCAUGGGGGGUGGUGGGAUUCUAGGACGAGACUUGUGAAAGACGUGAAAAUCAUUUGCCACAUCAACAUGAACACGAUACCAUUCUAGGAGGCCACACAGAUUUGUUGGAAAUAUAAGGUAAUAUAAGCAUUUUAUUUAUAUUAAUACAGUAACAUGUCCCAUCAAAUUCGAGGGAGAAAGUAAAAGAAAUGGAGAAAGUUAUAGAAAGUUACUGUUUUAGUGAGUUAAAUUUAGCUAUAGGUAUCACUAGUUCAGUUUCAGCUAGUUAUAGAAGUUAUAUAAGUUAGAGCUACACUACAUGGCCAAAAGUAUGUGGACAUCUAACCAUCACACCUAUAUGACUUUAUUAGACAUCCCAUUCAAAAACCAUGGGCAUUAACGUGGAGCUGCUCCUUUGGUGCUAUAAAAACCUUCACUCUUCUUGGAAGCCGUCCUUUUUUUGAGAAGAUUUUGAGAAGUGAGUGUCUGUGGGAAUUUGUGUUCAUUCAGUCUGAAGAGCAUUUGACAGGUCAUACACUGAUGUUGAAUAUGAGAGCCUGGCUCACAUUGAACAUUCCGGUUCACUGUGGUUGAGGUCAUGGCUCUGGGCAGGCCAGUGGAGUUCUUCCACACCAAACUCGUCAAAUGAUGUCUUUAUAGAGCUGCUUUGUGCAAUGGGUUUCAGUCAUGCUGGAAUAGGAAAGGCACUUCCCCAAACCGUUACCACAAAAUUUAAAGCAUAUUAUUGUCUAAAAUGUCUUUGUGCUAUAGCAUCAACAUCAGCUCUCACUGAAACUAAAGGGCCCAAACCCUGAAAAACAGCCCCAGCCCAUCAUCCCUCCUCCACCAAACUCUACUGUUGGCACUGUGGCUGUAGCACCAGUAGGCAGUGUUCACCUGACAUGCACCAAACCCAGAUUUGUCCAUCAGACUACCAGAUACUGAAGUUUGGUUCAUCACUUCAGAGUUUCCACUGCUCCCGAGUCCAGUGGUGGUGUGCUUUACGCAUAGUGAUUGUAGGCUUAUAUGCAGCUGUUCAGCCAUGGAAAGCCACGUCAUGAAGCUGCUGAUGCACAGUUCUCUAUACUGCAUGAUGCAAGCUAAGAUUUAUGAUUAUUAUGUGCUACAUUGGUCCUCCUCUGUGAGUUUACAUGGUCUACUGCUUCAUAUUCCAUUUCACAGUAAUAGCACUUAUAGGUGUCUGGGGCAGAUCUAGUAGGGCAGAACUUUUUCAGACGACUUGUGCCAUAAUGUUCAAAGUCUCUGAGCUCCUCAGUACGACCCCUCCUAUUUCAAGUGUUUGUCUGUGACGAUUGCAGGCUGUGUGAUUGAUCUUAUACAAUAACGGGUAUGGCUGAAACCACCUGAACUCAGAUGAUGUCCACCUACUUUGGGCCAUAUAGUGUAGCAAUUUUAGCUAUAUCAUAAGCUAUAACAUAGCUGACAUCCUGACGCAAAUGAAGGAAUAUGAUUGUUUUCCAGUUCUAUUAUGACGUGGUUGGUCUCUAAUGAAGUAAACGAUGUUGUGUACGUGUAGCUGUAUCACUUCACGUCUGGUACAUUAUCAAUCAACUGAGUUUUAAGUUUAAAUAUUGAGCUUUACUGUGAAAUAUAACAAGAUUAGAAAUAUGUAUAUGAGAAUGUCACUUUGUGUCACUCCUCAGGUAGAUCACAUUAAUAUUUGUGAAAAAAAAAACAAUAAAUAAGAGACCAAAUAUUUGUCACCCAGGAUUAGUUUCAUUGAUCACCAGCUUUGAGUAGUAAAGAUUGCAGAUAGUGUUUGUAAAACUGUGCUAAGCAUGUUGUGGAAUAUUAAAGUUUCAGUAAUAAGUUUAAAGCACUGAAACAAGCCAAGGAAAAGAGUACCUGAGAGGUUGGCUACCAUGGAAACCCAGCGAUAGUGCUUUGCCAUAUGUAUAGAGAUGUAUAGCGAUUCUGCAUAUAUACAUAGAAAGAUUAUAGAUGUGUUUGUUGAAGGUCACAUGUGAGAAAUGAGUGUUCACACACCGAUGUUGUGAUCGUUGGCUUGAAGAGGGUUUUUUUCUUUCUUUCUUUGAAGCCAAAAUUAUGAGCUCACCAUCGACAUUGUGCCAUUGAGGGAAAUUUUCUUCGCUAUUAAAAGAACUUUAUUCAUCUUUUUUGAAGCCGGCAUUCAGCAUUAAAGCCUAAUACAUUGUUUACAGCUACAGUUAGACGGGCUAACUCUCAUGUUGCCUGUUAAAACCACUAUUUUGAAAUAAGACAUUGAUGCACACUGUAAAUAAACAUUAUAUAUAUUAUAUAUAUGUAAAAACAUAUAAAACCCUUCACACUCCAAUCCAUACAGUCUGUAUAUGGAGACUAAGAUGCAAAAAAAGCCUCCACUAGUUAAACCUUCCACAGCUUAACCAAAAUGAAUAGUUACAGUUAUCUGUCUGUUCAGCUGUUCACUUAGAGCAAUUUAGCCCCACCCACUCACACUGAAGCUAUAAAGAGUGUUUAAGGUGGAUGGCUUUGUUUAUUAGGUACAGUACAGGGCAGCCAAUCAGAAUAGAGCUCAUUUACAUAUGUCAGUAUUAAAGGUAACAAAAACUGCUUUUGUGGGGUAAGGAAAUGGAAAGUAGUUUUGGUGCAUAACACAAAUGUUAUUUGGACAUGAGGGGGAAAAUAAAAUGCAGGAAAAAUGUGGGAAAUGGAGCCUUUAAUAAAUAAAGAUGUGAAACCAGUGGUGUGUAGUCUGAACAACUAAAGUCUGUUGGAAAACUUGCUAAGAGUCACUGCGUGUAGUGCUGUGCCAAAGAGAACCGGUUAAGGUUAUUUAUCUGGGUAAUAAGGUUUAUGAGAGAAAAUGAAGAGUACAAACAAACAUAAAUUCAGGAAAUAGUAAGAGGAAGUUCUUCAGAAAGUAGCUGAUGGCUGAUUUGAAGAACAAGGCUCCUCUUGCCGUCACAUGGAUUUGGUCAGUUCCAUGUGGAGCACGUCUGAUUUGAUUAUGAUUAACCAAAGCAGGUACUGAAUGAUAGCAGGAAGUAACACUGAGAGGUCAGGAAAUGGUUAAAUUAACACAUUAACAUCCAGAAAAUCCCUGCUUAUCCUUUUAAUGUUGUUUAAUGUGUUAAUGUUAUUUAUGUUUAUCCUAAUAUUAGUGUUUUACCGAGCAAAUAAAUACUGACUGCCCAAAUAAACUGCUUUAUAAUUCUGA